AAUUCUGCACAGGCCAAUAGUCCACUUAUUCCAGCAGGCAUAUCAGUGUCUUGCAAUAACUUUUUGGAUAACCUCGAUACGGACACCAACCUCCAGACAUGCACGAAUUCGCUGCUUUCCAUCACAAAAGCAUUCGCGCCUGGUGGGAGUCCCACCUCCACGGAUCUGACAAGCACCCUACAAGGGCUUUGUCACUCGAACGAUGCAUGCUCCGAUAGCAUGCUUCGCAAUCUUCUCACGGAGUUUAACAAGUACUGCCGUGAUGAGCUCGUCAGCUCAUCGGACCCAGACUUGAAGAAUAUUUACGAUAUUCUUUACAUGUUCUCGCCUUUCCAAUCAACCAUCUGUUCCACCGAUCCGUCCACGAACCAGUAUUGUGUGACUAACAUCAAGUCCCAUCUCACACACCGAAGCACUUCGGGGGAUUUCGAACCAAGGUCAUCCAACCCCCUAACCGGCUCCUUGACCGGACGCGAUGGUGGUGGUGCGACUACUACGAACACCACCACUUGGCGUGCCCUGAAUAUCCCCUUCCAGUGCCUCGAUACUUCUGUUCCCGCUUCCCAACUCUGCACCGCGUGCACCAAGUCUAUCCUCCAGGCAUACUCCUCGUUCGAAAUGCUUAUCCCCUACGCCAAUGGUCUCGCCAAUUCACCUCUCCUCGGUGAGCAGCUGAGUAUUUGGAACACCGUAAAGGACAAGUGUGGGGAUCAGUAUAUGAACACCCUCUUUAAGAACCUUCCUGCUGGAUCAUUAGCAAUGAAAGGAGGAGCAGUUUCGGUGAAGGUCGGUAUGACUAGUUUGUCGGUUGUGGGUGCGUUUGUUUCGGGACUAUUCCUUGUCGCUUAA